AUGCAGUAUAGGAGGGAGCGGCCGCCAAAGCGGUCAUCGGAUAAGCUGACUGUCAAUGUAAAGUACGGACAUAAGCGCUGGCGCCCCAAAAAGGUAAGAAGAGUUUAUGAAGAUGAUGGCGGUUCGUCGCUUCCAGAUACAUGGGGAGAAAUCAGUUUCAGUGAUGAUGAUUUGAAUCACAUUCAACUACCUUACGAAGAGCCGCUCCCGCUCGUCGUGACACUCGAUGUAGCCGAUUCUCGAGUCCAUAGAGUGCUUAUUUCUAUAGGGACCAAAUCUAGUGUAAUGUAUUGGGACACCUUCAACAAGAUGCAACUAGACCUAGAAAUCAUAAAGCCCAACAAAACGCCGCUAGUUGGCAUUGACGGAAAAAUCGUUAACGCGAUUGGAUCAGUGUAUUUACCGGUUUCGGCCGCUGGUCGUACUUUAACGGUAGAGUUUGUGCUUAUCGACAUGCGAGAUGACAUGGCAUCUUCCUACAAUCUUAUCAUGGGGCGUGAGUGGAUAAACAGAAUGAAGGGAGUGGCGUCCACCUUCCAUCUUAAGAUGAAGUGUCCGGCUACAGAUGGAAAUGGAGUUGUUGAUAUUAAUGGUGACCAACUCAUGGCCAAGAAAUGCGUUGCAAUGGAAAGAGAAAUGUCUCUGAAACAACCACAGCCUUCGGGUAAUUGCUAUAGCGAGACGGGUAGAUGGAAGAAAUUGAAUUCUGAGGAGCUGGGGAUUGAUACAUCAAUGAUUAGUAAGCCUACAAAUGUGGUUCUCAAUCAGUUGAAGGAGAAAGGUUAUGAGGUGUACCUUGUUGGAGGUUGUGUACGAGAUCUUAUCUUAAAGAGAACUCCCAAAGACUUUAAUAUUAUAACUUCAGCUAAACUUAAGCAGGUUCUCUCUGUCUACAUUCGUGUUAUGUUCUAA